ACAAACGUGGAAUAAUUGUUUUAGCUUGCCUAUGGCAUUGUUAGCUAUGGUAUGUUGCUUGUCUAGUGAGUGUAUUUAAAUCUGUCAGGAAGAGCAGACAAUUAACAAGUAUUUAUUAUCAAUUAAUUUUAAUAAAAAGCAAAGGCGAUGGCCAAAACUUAUGAUUAUUUAUUUAAACUCUUACUAAUCGGAGAUUCAGGGGUAGGAAAAACGUGCAUACUCUUCCGAUUUUCUGAAGAUACGUUUAAUUCAACAUUUAUAUCAACUAUUGGAAUAGACUUCAAAAUAAAAACUAUAGAGUUAGAUGGGAAAAAGAUUAAACUUCAGAUAUGGGAUACUGCUGGUCAAGAACGGUUCAGAACAAUUACUACUGCGUAUUAUAGAGGAGCUAUGGGGAUUAUGCUUGUUUAUGAUGUAACAAAUGAGAGGUCAUUUGAAAAUAUUAAAAAUUGGAUUCGAAAUAUUGAAGAACAUGCUUCUACUGAUGUUGAGAAAAUGAUUUUAGGAAAUAAAUGUGAUGUUAAUGAUAGACGACAAGUUUCUAAAGAAAGGGGUGAACAGCUCGCGAUUGAAUAUGGAAUCAGAUUUAUGGAAACAAGUGCUAAGAACAGUAUUAAUGUGCAAGAGGCAUUUUUGUCACUGGCCAGAGAUAUAAAAACUAAAAUGGAAAAGAAAAUGGAAGCUACCCAGCCAUCCAAGACAUGCGGUCAUCAGUUGAAAGCAAAUGAACCAGUUCGAAAGUCGCGGUGGUUCUGUGGUAUUCUAUGACAAACUUUAAAACUAAUUUGUGUAUCAAAUCAAUUAUAUUCAGUAUCAUAACUGUUGUACAUAAGAAAGAAAUAGGUGUGAAAAGUGGUUACCUGAACAGAUUCCAAGGAGUUGUACACAUAAUUUACUGAUAUAUUUUUGUAUGUUGUACAUAUCAAAAGGCUUUGUCUUGCUGGUGAGUUUCAAGCUUCAUUUUGUACUUGUGGCUUUAGAAUGCGAACAUGGCUAAAAUUGUGAACUGUACUUAAUUAUUCAUUUCUGUAUUAAUUCAGUGAGAAUUUUGCUUAUGAUACUCCCCAUUAUGAUGGUUUGAAAGGAAUAAAAUUAUUUUGUAUAAAUAUUUUCUGGAUUUAUACAGAUUUUGAUCUAUUACUAGCUUGAAGCAUUCUAUUUCAAAAAUAUUCUUUAGCUUGAUAUUAUGAUUGUCUCAAAAAAAAAAGGCUUUAUAUGUUGUUUUCUGUUAAUGAAACAGUCUAUGUACCGCAUUAAAAAUUGUUGUCGAUUAUGAAAUGUAAUUUUAUAGUUGUAAAGAGAUUUUAUAUCUCUCUUUGAACUUUAUUCAUUGAGUUCGUUUUAUGAACUCAUUUUGUUAUGUGUUUUUGAAAGGAAAAAUAUGUCAAGACUUUAUACAGAAUUUAUGAUUAUCAUGUUUAAUAAAUUUAUUUUAGCAUUUUAUUUCUACUUGUUUCAUCCUAAAAAUGAAUUUGUGUGAGUGAAGUUAUUCUUUAUGAUUUUAAUUUGACCAAUUUUAGUCGAAUUCUUUAGAAUAAAUAUAAAACAAGUGUUUGUAUUAUUCUGAUUAAAAUUGAUCCAUUAAGGAAAGAUUAUUUUUCUUUUUUACAUAUGAUUUAAAAUCCCAAUAUUUUCUCUCAAUUGAUCUUGUCUUAUUUUAUGUUUUCAUGCAGUGCAAAAGAAGAAAAAAAAAGAAAGAAUUAUGUAAUAAAAUUUUGUUACUUGUACAAGUAUUUUCUGAACAAAGGGAGGGAGCAAAUGUUUUAUAUCUUUAUAUGUCAUACAGUAAUAUUAUUUUUGAUUCCAGAGAUAAGUAAAUUACAUUUUUUUUUUUCAUAUCUGUUACAAAAUAAAAAAUUAACUAGUAAUUUUGUAUUGAUGAUUUGGCAAGAAAAUUUUUCUUAUGGUUAUGUAAUACAAGCAAUUGCUAUUAUUAUAUUAAUUAGUUUUCCUUUUUUCACCUUGAGUAAAAUAAAGCAUUAAGAUUAAGAUGCUAAUUUUUCUUUUCUGAUACCAUUUGUUUUUGCAUAUUUACCUUAUUGCAAAAUUAGGAUAAAACUGAUUAAAAAAUGGUCUGUAUGAAUUACAUUUUUAUUUUUUACAUAAUUUAUGUCACAUCAAUCAUUUCUUUAUAUGAAUAUGUGAAUAAUCUCUUUUCACUGCUACCAUAGUUUAUUUUCUUUGCAAAAUGAAUAUGUGCACUUUGUUUUUGAGACUGUGAGCUGUUUAUGGGGAAAAAUGUUUUGUUUUUAAAAAUGAAUUUCAAAUGAAAUAUUGUUUUAUUAAAAAGAAAUCUAUAUUUGUUAUGUAUUAAAUAAAAAAUGUUUUGCUGAUAUAUAAAUGACAAUUUUUUAGUCAUUUAAUUCCAUGCAUGCCUAUAUUCAUAAAUAAGAUUUAUCUGAAAGGUAAAACACAAAAGUUUUGGAAUUCAGUAUUCUAUGACCAUUUUUGUGUGUGAAUUUCAUUUUUUCAAAUGAUUUUGUUUUGAUAUUUUUAAAACUUAUUCUUUGUUUUUUUUUUUUUUCUUAAUUAAAAGCAUGUAUCUUAUUAGUAAAGUUGUUAUUAAAGUUAUCUCAUUGAAAGAAAGUAAAUAAGAGUAAUCAAAGAAUGUUGAAGUACUUCAGCUAAUCAAUUAAAUAUUUCAUGCCCAAAUAAAUUUGCCUCUUUCAUCUCAUUUGCAUUUUAUAUUCUCCUUGUUUAAAACAAAAUGGUUAUCAAGGUAAACAAAUAGCAGUUAUGCAUAUAGAAUUUUAAAAACUAAAGAAGCAGUUUAAUGAUGUGAUAUUAUUUUGUUUAACAUAAUUUCUUUUUCUCUUAAAUAUCUAUUAUAUAUUUCGCACCUUUUUUUUAAUGCAGUGCAAUUGUCAUUUUGAAAUGUUAAAUUGUAUUUAGGAAGAUCUGAAGAAAGGAAGAAAUUGUACAAAUUCUUCAUACUUUUUUUGAAGAAUAUAAAAUUACAUACUCAAGUGAUAAAAAUUAACUAUAGCCAUCUAUAGUUAGAUGCAUUGCAUUGUUGCUAAAAAUGAUAGCAUGAAAUGCUUAUAAUAAAAUUUUACUGUAUUUAUAUAUUUUGACUUUUUGUAAAUUGUUUCAUUGUACCUGAAUUUAAAUAUUUAAUAAUAAUUUAAUAAAAUAGUUAUGUUUCUUACUUUGAUUGAGAUACUUUAAUGCAUUAAAUUAUAUAAAAGUAUAUAUUUUUAAAAAAAAAUGUUACAGUUUACAAUUAAAGUGAGAAUACUUGAAAGAAUCGUUCAUCAAAUUGUCAGUUGUUUAAAUUUUUAGAUAUAUUCUACUUAAAUUCUCACUUGUUAUUUUGAGACACAAUCCUUUUUGCUCUCUCUUAAGAUUAAAAAAAUGAUAAUCAGUUAGUCUUUUUGAUGUAAAUUUUUAUUUGUGCCUAUUGGUUUUUCAUGUAGUAAAUUUGAGUCAUGUCAAAUUUUAAGUGCAAGAAUGUUAAGGGAUAUCUGUUCUUCCAUAAUUAUUAUUGAUCCAUUUCAGUGGUAAUCAUCACAUAUGAACUUCAAAACCAUGAAAUGUUUUAUUGUAGUUGAUAAGUAUUCUAAAUAUCUAAAAAUUGCCUAUACAUGUAAUUAAAAUUGCACAUAGAUGCUUUAUUCUACCAGAAAGCUAUUGUAUAUUGAAUUGGAGUAAAAAUGCAUUAAAAAUAUGAGAAAUGUGUUUAAAUUGUACAGAAGAAUUUUAAUAAAAGCCACUGAAAAUCUGUUAAAAUUUUUUAAUUUCAUUUUGUGACAUUAACACAGAUAAAAAUUAAUGAUAAAAUACUAUAUUAAAACUGUGAUGUAGAUUAAUAUGCAUGAGUUUUCUAUAAUUUUAGUUAUAAUAUUACUAACGUCUAAUGAAAUUAUACAUGUAUUGCCAUAAUACUUAUUUCUGUACCAUUAAACCUAGAUUGCUUUGU